AUGGUUGAUAUAUCUGAAUAGCUACUUACUUUACUCGAGAAUGAUCUUUCAAAGGACUAAGUAAAAGUAAAAAUACUUGAACAUAAAUCUUGCAUUUAACACUAAAGAACCUACAAAAUUAAAGUCAAAUUUAAUUGUGAUCAUUGUUUGCAUAGCUGGACUUCUGCUCAAGAUCAAAUAAUAUUCUAUUACUAUCUUAAUAAGAAUUCUCGUGUACUUGAGUAUAAUGCGGAGACCUUUAGAUAGUAAUGCACUUAAUGUAAGAAGUAUUAGAUUCCAGACAUUUACACUGAAGAACUCAUAAGAGUUUCUGAAUGGUUUUCAAAAGCUAUGAUUGAUAUUCUUUUUGGAAUAAAAAAGACUCUUAAAGGCAAGCCUAAGGAAUCAAAUAUGCAGGAUCAUCAUAAGAAAGAGUUAUGCGAAGCUUGUAAGCUAGGUAAAUGCGGAAUAUAGAAUGAAAAAGAUCAAUUAAAGAAAUUAUUUGGGAAAUUGAGCUUGGGUUAAUGA